CAAUAUUGUGUUUCUUCAGAGCUCGAGAUAUUUUUGAAGCGCCCCGUGGCUCCGGUGCACGGGUCCCUGACAUGUCCCUGAGAGCCGACAGCCAUGCAGCUACGUCGACGCUGAGGAAGAUCGCUGCAGACAUGAGUAACAUCAUCGAGAGCCUGGACACCAGGGAGCUCCACUUCGACGGGGAGGAGGUCGACGCGGAGGUGCUAAAUGAUCCAAAAGGCACCGCGUGCAUUCCCUUCUCUGCCAUCUAUCACACCCAUGGGUUCAAAGAGCCAGGCAUGCAGACGUACCUCACGGGAUGUCCUGUUCGAGUGCGCGUGUUGGAAGUUGAACGCUUUACUUCCACAAAGAAGGUACCGAGCCCCAACGUUUACACCAUCGAGCUGACCCAUGAAGAGUUCACCUGGCAGGUAAAAAGGAAGUUCAAGCACUUCCAGGAGUUGCACAGGGAGCUGCUGAGGUACAAAGCCUUCGUGCGCAUCCCUAUCCCUACCAGGAGUCACACAGUGAGAAGACAAUCCAUCAAAAGGGGCGAACCGAGGCAGAUGCCGAGUCUGCCGCACACCGCGGAGAGCACGGUGCGGGAAGAGCACUUCUCCAGCCGGAGGAAACAGCUGGAAGACUACUUGACAAAGAUCCUAAAGAUGCCGAUGUACAGGAACUACCAUGGAACAAUGGAGUUCAUUGGAGUAAGCCAGCUGUCAUUCAUCCACGACCUGGGACCAAAGGGCAUAGAAGGGUUCAUCAUGAAGCGCUCCGGGGGCCACCGCAUACCUGGCCUGAACUGCUGCGGCCAGGGAAGGAUGUGCUACCGAUGGUCCAAAAGGUGGCUGGUGGUGAAGGACUCUUUCCUGCUCUACAUGAAGCCAGACUCAGGGGCCAUUGCCUUUGUCCUGCUGGUAGAUAAGGAAUUCAACAUCAAGAUAGGCCAGAAAGAAACAGAAACUAAAUACGGGUUGCAGAUCGACAAUCUCUCUAGGUCGCUGAUUUUGAAGUGCAACAGCUACAGACAUGCCCAGUGGUGGAGGCAGGGCAUAGACGAGUUCAUUCGGAAACACGGCAAGGACUUCCUCACGGAGCACCGCUUCGGGUCCUACGCAGCCGUGCAGGAGAACACGCUGGCCAAGUGGUAUGUAAAUGCUAAAUGGUACUUUGAAGAUGUCGCAAAUGCCAUGGAAGCUGCUAAGGAAGAAAUUUUCAUCACAGAUUGGUGGCUGAGCCCAGAAAUCUUCAUGAAACGACCCGUUGUGGAAGGAAAUCGCUGGCGGCUGGACUGCAUCCUCAAGCGGAAGGCACAACAAGGAGUGAGAAUUUUUGUUAUGCUGUACAAAGAGGUGGAGCUUGCCCUAGGGAUCAACAGUGAAUACAGCAAGCGGACGCUCAUGCACCUCCAUCCAAACAUUAAGGUGAUGAGACACCCGGACCACGUGUCCUCCUCCGUGUACCUCUGGGCCCACCACGAGAAACUCGUCAUCGUUGACCAGUCCGUGGCAUUUGUGGGCGGCAUCGACUUGGCGUAUGGCAGGUGGGAUGACGAUGAGCAUCGCCUGACCGACGUGGGCAGCGUCAAACGAAUGGCAGCAGUGAAAUCGGUGUCGACAACCAACCUGGCAUCUGCAGCGGAGUUGUCUGAAUGUGUCCCCCUGCAGUCUGAAGCUCUGGCCCCAGAAAGCCACUUGUUCCAGAGAAAUGCUGAUGAUGUUCCAGACACAUCAAAAAUGAAAGGAGUAGGAAAACCCAAAAAGUUUUCAAGGUUCAGUAUUUACAAGCAUCUCCAUAAACACGGCAUGCACCAUGCUGACAGCGUCAGCAGCAUAGACAGUGAAUCAAGUUACUGUAACCCCACUAGAAGUCAACCGAAUAUAAUCCAGAGUUUAAAGCCCCAUCUGAAAAUGUUCCAUCACCACACAGAAUCCAAACAGGGGCUCGCUGAGCCUCAGGAGGAUAAAGGAUCCAUCCGCAGCUUGAAGACGGGUGUUGGCGAGCUGCUUGGGGAAACCAGGUUUUGGCACGGAAAAGACUAUUGCAACUUCGUCUUUAAAGACUGGGUUCAACUUGACAAACCUUUUGCUGACUUCAUUGACAGAUACACCACCCCGAGGAUGCCCUGGCAUGACAUCUCGUCCGUGGUGCACGGCAAAGCGGCCCGUGAUGUCGCCCGACACUUCAUCCAGCGCUGGAACUUCACCAAGAUUAUGAAGCCCAAAUACCGGUCCCUGUCCUACCCAUUCCUGUUGCCAAAAUCUCAGCAAACUGCUAACGAGUUGAAGUAUCAGGUGCCUGAGUCUGUUAAUGCCACAGUCCAGGUGAUCCGUUCUGCUGCUGACUGGUCCGCUGGCAUUAAAUACCACGAGGAGUCCAUCCACAAUGCCUACGUCAGCGUGAUAGAAAACAGCAAGCACUACAUAUAUAUAGAAAACCAGUUUUUUAUUAGCUGUGCUGAUGACAAAGUUGUCUGGAACAAGAUUGGCGAUGCGAUUGCUCAGAGGAUUCUUAAAGCUCACAGGGAAAACAAGCGUUUCCGAGUAUACGUGGUGAUCCCGCUGCUGCCUGGGUUCGAAGGAGACAUUUCGACGGGCGGAGGGAACGCGCUGCAGGCCAUCAUGCACUUCAACUACAGGACCAUGUGCCGAGGAGAAAACUCAAUCCUGGGCCAGCUGAAGACAGAGAUUGGAGAUAAGUGGAUAAACUACAUCUCGUUCUGUGGACUUCGAACAUAUGCAGAGCUGGAAGGAAAACUAGUCACAGAGCUCAUCUACGUUCACAGCAAACUGCUUAUUGCUGAUGACAACACAGUUAUAAUCGGCUCUGCCAACAUCAACGACCGCAGCAUGCUGGGGAAGCGGGACAGCGAGAUGGCCAUCAUCGUGCAGGACACCGAGACCGUCCCCUCCAUGAUGGACGGGGAGGACUACAGCGCUGGGAAGUUUGCCCAAUCCCUCCGGCUGCGGUGCUUCAGGGUUGUCCUUGGCGGCUCCGAUCUCAGUCCGGAACAUCAGGAUCCCGUCUGUGACAAAUUCUUCAAGGAGGUGUGGAUUUCUACGGCAGCCCGCAAUGCCACUAUCUUCGACAAGGUUUUUCGGUGCCUUCCCAGUGACCAGGUGAAUAAUUUAACCCAACUGCGUGAUUUCAUCAACAAGCCCAAAUUAGCGAACGAUGAUCCUGCGAAAGCUGCAGAAGAAUUAAAAAAGAUUCGUGGGUUUUUAGUACAAUUCCCCUUUCGUUUUCUGGAGGAAGAGUACUUGCUUCCCUCCGUCGGAACAAAAGAGUCCAUGGUACCCAUGGAGGUUUGGACUUAAGAAGAUGCAGACUGCUUUACGUUUUAAAGCCUGGUUCUCUAGAGACAAGCUGAUGAACGAUACGGGAUUUCAGAAAGCUUUUUAUUGCUAAGGGAGGCGAAAAAGAUCUCCACCAAGCUAAUGUGCCUUUCUUAGGGAUUUUGGUGGAGGAACUUGAAGCAAAUUGACACUAGCAAAGGAGGGGAGCAGAAAGACUUGGAAAUUAUGGCAAAUAAGAAGUUUAACCUCUGAAGGAGUUACUGCUUAAGGCAUGUUCUGAGCACCUAAAGGAUGCAGGCCACUUCCUAGGACAGGAAACAAAUUCCAAUCGAUGUCGUUACUACUGCCAGCUGUAUAUUGUGGUUGCGUGCGUACUGUAAUCCUGCUGUGGCUGUGCAGGAGCCGUGGGCUGCGUGUACUUCUAAGGCUUUUGGGUAUCGGCACCUUGGCUCACUGGAAUCCCCCAUCUCACCCCUUUAGUUGCUCUUGCGCUGCCGGGAAGUGCUGCUUGGUGCUGCCUUGGGCUGUCCUACAGCUAGCCUAGUGUAGGUAUUUCACUUCGUAAAUGGAAACGGACUAACAAUCUUGUAUCAGAAUCAGCAUUUUGGUCUCUUCUCCCCUCUGGGGGGAAAAAAAAAAAACCAACAAACUGUUUCUACCAUAGCUAGAGCAAUCAGCAAUCCUUGUGCAGCGCAGCAUUGCCUAGGUCUUGGCAAAGAGCAGCCUCGAUGGAGCCAGAGUGCUGGACGUCUCUGGAGUUUGCUGGCCUUUACAGAAAUGCAGCACAUCAGUUUGUUCGAACUGCAUGAAGGCUUUCUCCAGGAGAGGAUCAAAGUUUAAACUCAAGCCUUAGAUCUCCAGAGCUCAAGGAAAGCAAGGCACUGCAUGUGACGGGACAGAAACUUAAAAGCCAGCGUGGGCCAAAUGAAGCCCUGCGCUCCGGGUCCUCAAUUCGUACAUUUCUAUUGCAGUACAUAGGUAGAACUUUCUUUCCAUCUCUUUCCUCCCUAUUUAAAAGAAGGGAAAGGCCAUUAAGCUAGAGCUGACGCCAUGCGCGAACUAAGCUGACGUGUCGCUUCGUAGUAUGGGGUGGAUGCAAGGGGGACGGGGAGCAGCUGGCAAAGCUUUGUCUCUGGUCUGCUUUGUUAUCAGGCCAGCCACAAUCUUGAGCUCAGUCAUGCAGGACAUGUCUUCCCAAGCACAGGUAAAACUCAGCAUGCUCAGUCCUGUUUUCCGUUUCUGUAAGACAGUUUCCAAAGCUAUUUUGCAUCUCGCUGUGCAGCGAAGCAGCAAUUCGAUUCAGCAUCCCUGGACAAAACACUACCGCUCCUGGGCCGGGACCUCGCGUGGUGGGUGCUGUCCUGGGUCUUCCCUCCAUCCUCCAUGCUGCAAUGAGCCGUGUCUCCCGAUGUCACGUCCAGCUCCAACUGCGGUCCCAGGAGAGACGUUCCCCGGCAGGCAGCAGUGCCGUGUCCAACACUAAGAGAUCAGACCCUUAGAAAUGCCUAAGGGGGGGUCGGAUCUGGAGAAGUGGGAGGCUGAGCUCCUCUGCUGCCACUGUGUCUGGGGGGGAUCCCUUUGCUAGCUGGGUUUAACCCUGUGCCCAACUCUCCUUAGUCAAAAGACCAGGUGAACUGGUAUUUACUUUAGUUCACAAGCAAGUUGGGUUUUUUUCCUCUUUUUCUGGCUCUUCCAACAGUCUCACCUGUUUUUAACUGGAAAAGAAUCACACUGGUUGCCUAGCUAUCCCCAAAACAUAGCUGGCACCGCAUUUUAGCUCAUUGCCUUCUGCGUCUUCAGACCUGUAAAUACGCACCGGGUACUUCUGUGCCUGCUGCAUCACCUGAGUAAGUAACAACCCCAGACGUUCCUCCAGGGCAGCCCGAGUCUCAGCCCCUUCCUACAGUUUUCACUGUUUUAAGCUCAUGUUUUGUAGAUGCAAUUGCCAAUUAGACUCCUUUCUGGUUGGUACAUCUGUGGUCUGGUUAGCCUGUUGGAAGUGCUUGUGCAGCAUUUUAUGUGAUGACCUUUGGUCCAGGGGGUUGAUGCUUUUAGCUGGCAUGCUGUAAGCAGAUAAGUAUGUUUCCUUGAUUUUUUUUUCCCUUAAAAAAAUUGACCUGGGGUCACCCCCUGCAGAGCCAGAGCGAUAUGUGCCCUGACCAUUUGCAAUCAAGAAAGAUCAAAGGUGUCUUGUUAUUUCAUGUCAGUGCUAGUUCAGAGCUUUUCUCUCCUGAUAUGUUUUUAGCUGUUUUAGUUUGAACAAAGCUGCUAACUUUAAACAAUUACAGCCUGUCAGAGAAUCAUUGUAAGUCACACGGAUCUGUAUUCAUAGUUGAAAAGGAAGCAUUCAACCCUGCUACACGUCAACCUUGAAGAAGUGCAAGACUCCUGUCAUCUUCUAAGUGCUCUUAUUGUCCCCGUCCUCAUAUUAGCAAAGAUUCUUGUAAUCGUUAAAUUAUCCUUAUAUUGUCUUUUAAGGUGGUAGGUAGCUAAUUAUUGGGGCUUCAUAACUCCAGUGGCGUUAAGUCCCCCUCUGCCAGGCUGCUUUGGGGAAAAACCUCCCAGGUUCUGCAACACUCAGCCCACCAUGUGAUGGCUGCUGGUCCCAAGCAACACAGCAGAGCCAUAGAGGAGAGAUUUAGUUGACUGAUUCGGUAUGAAAAGGUGCUAAUUAAGAAGGUCUUUCAUUAUUAAAGUAGCAGACGGGCCUCACAUUUGGCUUCUGUCCGGGAGGGGGUUUCCCUCUGUGGGAACAGAAGAGCCGCGCUGAACAUUCCCUUCCCUGCGUUGGUGCUAAAUUCCUGAUACCGGGAAUUUAGUAGCAUUCAAAUGCAAGCAAGGUGUGCAAGGCAGCCUCGGCCCAGUGCAGAGCGCCCUGCAUCCCCAGGACCCCCCCCGUGGAUACAGCAUUGCUCGCCCCAAACAGAUGAUGGGGCUGGAGCCAUUUCCAGUGAAGGCACGACUCUUGUUUGUACCCGCGGGCUGUGUCGUUCCUUGGGUCCUGUGAACAGGAGGUUUAUUUCUUAUAUUAAGAAGCCUGUGAGGUUGAACACCUUGAGAGAGUUAAUUUCUGCACCUAAACAAUCACUACUUAGUCGGUAAUACCAGCGUGGGUUUAUUUUUAAUACCUUCAAACGGGAGAGGAUCACUCGCAAAUACACAGUACUGUAACAAGUGAUGUGGAUUCAAGCACUAGCGAACCCAGAAACAUGAACUGUUUCUUGUGGCAUUUAUUUGUUAGAACUAUGGGAAAUGAGAACUUCUCCCAGGCUCAGACUUUAUGUUGUAGUUCAACCUGAGUAGAACCCUUUUUUUUUUUUUUUCCCUUUAAUUUAUUCCUUAACAUGUGCCACUUUGAGAACUCACACUCCUUACCAUAUCUUUUUUAAUAGUCUGAUAUUUUAAAAUACAUGUAUUGUUGUAUAGAUGUUGGACUGGAUAAAUGUUUCACUGUAAAGUUAAUGCAUGAUUUAAAAGAUGAAGGAUAAACCAUCAUCAUAUGUAAGAACUUUACUAAAAAGUAAUUUGUAGGAGAACUACUCCAGUGCUCCAUGGCAGAUGCAAAGUGCUCGGCUCAGUUUCUGGUCCCUUGGUCUCAGUUUGUCGCCUGACUUGAUGUGACCUUCGCUGGAUUAAACCCCAGACACUCCAUUUUCCUUUCUUUUGAUCAGGUUUCACAACAUGAUUUCUCAAUCCUGGUGCUGUCCCUGGGGGAGACCUCAGUGCAGGUUUUGCCUAGCUGGGACCCUGACAUUAAUAAUAUACAGUAUCUUUAUUCCUUCCAAGGAAACAUCCAUGUACAAUCAAGCUCAGAUGUGAUUUGCUAUUGUUAUUUCAGCGUAACAAAUCUUUUGUGCACUUGUAGUUAGGACAGUCGUGGGGUUGUAAUCUGUGCACAGAGGCUGCAUUUGGGAGGAUGUUUAGAUGAAUGGUCCUUCAGGUUAAUGCCAUUUCUUUCUCCUCCUGCCAAAUUGACACA